AGUACGAGUUAGUAUUCCGCGUCUUAACUGGUUCACUUAUCGCUGCAGCUUAUCUUCCUUGCUAUCUUAAAGCCCCAUCUUGAUAAGUCAUGUGACCAGCGGAAAAUCAGGGGGGUUCGAUUGAUUUAAUUGAUUGUAACUAAAAGGUAAUUGUCAGACGUCUUCUAAAGUGCGAAAAAGAAAGACGUCACUAUCACAGCUCAAGCAGACCAGGCGUUUGUUGUAGAUUUGGAGCUCAUUCCAACAUCUCAAAAAUACGCCAUUCUCCCGUCGUAGAUACACAGAAAACUCGAAGUCACAUCGAAGAAAGUUAAGAAGAGAGACACAAGUCUGCGUUUGACAUUCUUCCUGGUAUUUUUCGCUUCAGCACAUUGCCGUCUCUGCAUCUGAAUCUGCUGUGACGUCAAUCGAGUGAUCAAACAUUCUUGAGCAGUGAUAAAGGAGCAAUCAAGGCAGAUACUCCAGUUGCAGGCGCACGACCGUCAAGUGAUCAGCUGAGAAGCUAAAGAGUUCCUGGACGAUAUUUGCAUUUCAAGAUGACUGCGUUGCAGAAUUGCUUCAUGGUUCCAAUCGUAGCUUUAAUAUUUCUGAUCGAAGUAUCGACCUGUGGAUAUAUCGACGAUAUGAAGAAGUUUCCAUGCUAUUCAAGAAAAUUUCAAUUGAAGAGAUUUUACUGUGAAAACGAAUUCUUCGUUUCCUUUCGCGCAAAGCCAUUCCAGAGUUGCUCAGACAAAGCUAAAGAGCUACUAAAAUGUUUUACGACAGUUGACGGCGAAUGUUUAGCGCAAGCUGAUUCCUCAAGCAUGAUUUACAAGAUUUACACAAAGCUGAACAAGGUCCAAACGCACCAUACAAUUAAAAAGGAUUACUGUCACAAUGCUGGCUUGGUUACACCGUUUCUUGGUGCGAGAGCCAGACGAAACCUUGGCUGUACACUGGACUAUUAUAUCGGAAAAGCCACAUGCAUUACAGAUUUCCAGAGGAAAUGGAGACACAAUAGAAGCAAUAGGCUGCUUUGCAAUGAGUACUAUGUUAUGAAGAAGUGCGUUAGGACAGAAUUGGACGCACAUUGCUCUCAACAAGCAGUACAGAGGAUGAGAGCCUACAAAGAGAAGGUGAUUUCGAAGCUCUACCCAGAACUAAACCCCUUCUGCAUUCACAAGCAUAAGCUAUUUUGAAUGACCGUUGAUUUCAUUCAAAACUGACCGAAGGUAACUCGUAACAAGGUCUAACAAACUGCUGUAUGGCGUCGAAAACACCAGGUCCCAACAUGACCCUGCAGUUUCGCCUUUGGCCGUCUUCCAAGAAGCAACUUAACGUCAAAACGCACCUGUUUGAAUCUGAUCAAAUUCCAAACGGCAUGUUUAGGAAUGCGAACAAGCUCACUGACAAAGAAGAUGCUUCACAAAAUCCAGGUGACAAUUUUCAAGGCGCAAGAACACCGAUCUGUAACAUAAAUUAUGCAGUAACCAAUAUAUCUUACUCGACUCUUUUAAUUGAUGUAAUUUUUUUCUGAUGAUUUGAUUAUCAAAGCUCCUUGAAGAAGCCAUAACUUACGAUGGUGAAGCAUCUCCCACUGAGAAAUUGAUUAAAAUUUCUUGAAAAUUUUAGAGUAUUUCAUGAUAAGAUAAAACUGAAAUGUCUGAUGCUUCAGCUGGAUGAGAACGCUAGAGUCCAAAGUAGUGGCUACCUUUCACAACGAACAGGUCUAAACUUCAUCAAAUUGUAUAGAUGGAAAGCAAAAGUGGUCACCUUUUCCCAAUGAAAAGGCCUAAAAGUUAUUAACUUUAUUGAUGAAGAGCAAAAACAAAGCUUGGCUUUUCAGUUCUUUUUCAUCGAACAGCGAAAGGUUACUACUGUUUUGGACUCUGAAGAAUUAAGAUCUUUUUGCUUAUGUGAUGACGUGUAAUGCAAGCACUCGCAUAGUUUAUAUUAUGCAUACACAAUUAGCUGAAUGUUUUAAGGCAUUGUAAAUAGCAUUGUAAUUAAGUGUAAAUAUUUUAAUCUCGACAUUUAUAGUAAUACGUUGCAACAAUUAACGAUAUUUGUUCCUAUAUCAUUGCUUUCUUUAAAAAGCCCAUUUGAGAUUUUUAGGAUUCUAAAAAUAACCACUAAAUUUGAUUGGCAUCGAUGCUUCGAAGUGGCAGAUUUGUUCCAAAGUCAAAAACCGUUGAACAAUGCUUAUGAAACAAAGUGGAUUCUGUUUUGAACGAGAUAUCAACCAUCAUGUAAAGAGUCUUGCUCUGUAGCUAUUUUCCAUCACCAUGAUAUAAGAAAAAGUGUACAGAAGAAGUUUCAAGCCCCCAUUUCCAACCGUUCAGUUUUACAAAAAAUUCCUUGCCAGUUCAUGUUUACAAAACCAGCUAGAACCCCUCUGUUACCUUUGACUACUGAAGACUCCCAGUAACUUAGGGUUAAUGCUGACAUUUGUAUAUUUACAAUAGGAUGAGGCAGAUCAACCUUCAUUAGUUAUUUGUAAAGUUUUAACAGUUUCAUGCCGAUGCUUUGUACGAUAAUAGUUUUUGUAAAAACGUUUCUGCACAUUGAA